UGAACCGUGUGAGCGUAUGUCCUAGGUAGACCAUAGAAGGGAAGCCGCGCAACUUGCUGAUAGCAAACUGAUUAGAUCUACGAGUCGCCACACUAACCGUAAGCUACAUACUAUAGAUGACAAUCUCAGUCCUCGUCGUCUGCCUCGGCAACAUCUGCCGCUCCCCUAUGGGAGAAGCCGUGCUCCGCAACGAAGCACUCAAGCGUGGCAUCACCGAUAUCCACGUCGACAGCGCGGGCACAGCUGCGGCGCAUCUAGGGGAAGAUCCUGACGAUCGGACAAUCGCAGUGUGUAACACGAACAAAGUUCCCAUAUCCCACUCUGCGCGGCAGGUCCGCGCCUCCGAUUUCACCUCCUUCGACUACAUACUCGCAGCUGAUGGUUCCAAUCUGCGCGCAUUGGAGCGACAAGUCAGUCAAAGUGAGGGAUCGAAAGCGGCAGUAAAGCUCUGGGGCUCCUACCUACCAGAUAAUAAGCCAAUCCCGGACCCGUAUUACGGGGGACAGGAUGGAUUCACGAAGGUGUACGAGCAGUGCGUGAAGCUUUCAAACGCAUUUUUGGACGAGGUCGUUGGGAAGGAGAGUUAGGGGCUCGGUCAACGAUUUACAUAACAGACGGGAUUGGAUGAAGUAUGUCGACAGAGAGAGAGAGAGAGGGUUACAACAACACGAGAAUGAUACCCACACAAUACCUGUGCUUUGGUACGUUUUGGAAUAUCUCGAAUUAUACCGCGCUUCGUGUUCCUGCAUGAUGCCGACCGA